AUGCAUUUUACGUUGUUACGUCGAUCCUUAUCCAACCUUAAAGGGCCAGGGAAAAACUACAAUAUUCUGGUGGUCGGUGGAGGAAUUGCUGGUCCUGCUCUGGCCUUUUUUUUACAUCGUUAUGGUAUGAAACCUGUGGUGGUUGAGCGUGCACCGGAACUACGUUUAUCUGGUCAGUGGGUCGAUCUACAAGCUGAGGGAAAAGAAGUUGCUUGGCGUAUGGGAAUCGAAAGCAAAGUUCGCGAGAAGAUUACUGAAGAACAAGGAACACACAUUGUCGAUAGCGCAGGACGACCGCAAGCCAGUUUUGAUGUCAACAGCUUUGGUGAAAGAGGCUUCGUUGAAGAGCUGGAAAUUCGUCGUCCAGAAUUAUCCAAUAUUCUCUACGAGCAGAUCCGUAACGACGUCGAAUAUGUUUUCGGUGAUUCUCCGCAAGCUAUUGACGAUCGUGGCGAUAAACUGCAAGUCAAGUUUGCUAACGGCAAUCUUCGCGAAUUCGAUUUAGUCGUGGGUGCUGACGGUAUACACUCAAAGAUUCGACGUCUCGUCUUCGGCGAUGAAUCGCUUAUCUCUUAUGCUGACUUAUACGCGGCAUAUUUUGAUAUUCCUCGCACCGACUCCGAUGGUAGUUGGGUACGUUUUUAUAGUGCACCCGGAGGACGAUCAGUAGCACUCCGUCCAUAUAGCCAAAACAGAACGCAAGUGUAUCUCUGCUUUCGAAGUAAAGAACGCGGUUACGAAAACCUCGAUGUCGACAUGCAAAAACGUCUUAUACAAAAGUUAUUUGCUGAUGUUGGUUUCGAAGCACCCCGAAUUCUUCGUGAACUACCGAACUUAGAUGAUUUCUAUUUUGAUAGUGUUGGACAGGUCAAAACGGAUCGAUGGUCAAAAGGACGAGUGACUUUAGUAGGUGACGCAGGCUACUGUCCUUCUCCACUCACCGGCAUGGGAGCAAGCGUGGCUCUUGUUGGCGCUUACAUUCUUGCCGGUGAACUUUCACGCCAUCAGGAUUACAACGAGGCAUUUAAGCAGUAUGAAACAUGGAUGCGUCCUUAUGUGACAAAAGCUCAGAAAAUCAUUCCUGGAAGUGUACGCUUAGCUUUACCAAACACACGCACUGCAAUUAUCUUGCGGAACGCUAUACUUGGCUUUGUAUUCAGACCUGCCAUCACUCGAUUCAUCACAAAACUUAUCACUUCGAAGGCUCCUCAGAAAAGUGUGCUGCCGAAUUAUGAGGCUGUAUCGACUCCAUAA